AUGCAGAAGCGUCAUCUUCGUCGUCAUCAAAGACGUUGCGGAUCGGACGUUUCGGAGGCAUCUCGAUCCGAUGGUGGAGACGAGCGAGUGACGAAAGCGUGGUGGGAGGGAGGGAUUAAGGAAAGGCUGAGCAAGGUGGGAAACGUCCAAAAGCGCUCAAGAAACAUCGAAAUCGAAAUUCGGAAAUCGGCAAUUCACUUUCGCCUCCACGGAGAAAGGAAUACGAUGCUGUUCUGUCAAACAGUCGAGACUGUAGGUCCUCUGCAGACGCUCCCUUGUGCUUGUCCCAUACUGAAGCGGCCUCGACGCUUCUGCUCAUCACACGGACAGACUACCUAG